CUUUUCUCUUAUGACAUUACAUUAAAUAUUUAAAUUUUAUCUUCAAAGGGUUGUUUGAAAUCUCGAACCAGACGCUUACAACGCGCGAGUUUGCAUUCGCGAAAUAUGAUUUUCGAAUUUGAACAUCUGUGAACGUACUCAAUCACAAAAAGAUGACAGCUCGUAGGAAAUUCUCUUUCACGUAGUUGAAAUUUAAAAGACUUGCUUGAAAAAUGAUUAAAAGAAUUACAUUUUUAAGACAUGUUACUGAUCGACCUCAAGAUAACCUCUUCGUUAAUUUAUACGAAUACCGCCGUUUUGAAAUAUGACUCUGAGUGUUUUUUCUAUUGUAUAGUCUUUAUCAGAAUAUUUAUCUUUGGUAUGAUUCGUAAAAUAUUUACAUUACAAAGGCAAAAUGUUAAUAUUAAUUUGAAUAUGAAACACUUCUACAGAUAUGAGUUAAUUAAAUAUUAUUAUCACAAUGAAUGAAGGAACAGGUAUAGAAGAUUCUUCAUAUUUAAGUUAUGAAAUAAAUGGUACCAGAUAUAUUUUGCAAACUGUAUCAGAUCCAGCUAUUGAUUUAAUAAAAACAGUAUCUACAAAUGAAGAGCAAACUGCAAUCAAUAUAAUAGAUGAAGCUCAAACAGAAAAAGAAGAAGAAUCAAUUUCUUUAGUUUGCUUGGAUGGUCAAGUCUAUGCAUUUCAAAAUGGAGAAUUACAAGAAUUAGAUUUCAAUCAAAUUAUAGAUCAAAAUGAUCAACAAGAAAAAACAGUUUUAUUACCUAAAGAUGUAGAUAAUUGUGAAGCUCAGUACAUUACUAAUGAAGAUUUAGUAAUUAGAAAUAUUGACGAACAAUCUCAAGAACAGUAUGAAGUUGUUAUGGGACAAAAUGAAAAGAAUUUCAUUGUAGAGAAGCAAAAUGUAAAUGCUAAUGUAAAUGCUAAUGAUUUUGUAGAAGUUGUAACAGCAUUCAAAUGUAAAAUAUGUACUUACACUACCCAAGACAAAACACAAUUAUUACAGCACUUCCAAAAAACACAUGUGAAUCCGAAAGUUGAUAUUGAAGUAAAAGAAGAAUCUAAAAGUACAGAUGAAGUAAAACUGUUGUAUAUGUGUGGGGAAUGCUCUAAUUGCUUUCCCUCUAUAGAAGAUUGUAAAGAACAUAUGAUAAAUGAUCAUCAAUUAACAGAUACAGGUUCCAAUAAAGGUGGCAAGGAAAAUAUAACAGAUGACUCAAAAGAUUCUACUUUACUCGAUGAGUGUACAGGACAGAGUGCUGAAAAUAAUGAUAUAAAACACCAAGUUAAAAUUCAAAAACCUUUAAGUUCUGAAUAUAUGCUCAACAAAAAAAUGAUAGAAUUGAUGGAGAGAAAUAUAAAGUGUUCAUAUAGAGGAUGCCCUUACAAAUUUGCUACAGAAGAAACGAUGCAGCAACAUGCUCUUUGUCAUACAGAAUCACAAAGUGGCACAGCAUUCAAGUGUACUGUGUGUCGGGAUUUGAAAUUCACCAAAUGGAGGCAGUGUAGUUUACAUUUAUGGAAAAAACAUCAAAUUGAUAUAGGUUUGUUUACUUGUAAGAUAUGUAAAGCAUACAAAAGUGCAACGAUGGUGAAGCUUCUGACUCACAUGAGAGUGCAUAGCGAAACACGAGAAUAUGAGUGUCCCGAAUGCGGUAAAUGUUUCAAGCAAUCCAGUCAGCUGCGUAAUCAUAGAGUAAUGCAUUUGGAUCGUGAAACAUUAGAGGUAACGCGUUGGUAUACUCCCAAAAAAUGUGAUAUGUGCGGGAAAACCUACGCGAACUCGAAAUGUUUGAAAAGUCAUAUUCAAGCAGUACACUCAAAGUUACGGCCAUACGUUUGCAAUGUUUGUGGGCAUGCCAGUGCUAGGAAAGCUAUGUUGCAAAUGCAUUUACGCCAGCAUACAGGUGAUAAACCCUUUAGUUGCGAUCUUUGUGAAUAUAAGACAGGAGAUCAUAACACGUUGCGACGUCAUAUUAUGCAACACACAGGAUUUAGACCGUAUAAAUGUCCCCAUUGUUCUUAUACUGCAAUACAAAGUAGUAGUUACAAGAACCAUUUGAAGUCUCGGCAUCCCUUACUAUCUGGUUUAUUCACAUGCGACUUGUGUCCGUUUAAAACCGUUAAAAAUGAAAGUUACAUGCAGCAUGUAAGAGAUCAUGAAAAAGGAUUGAUCAAAGCGAAUAUGCAAAAGAAAGAUGCUGAAAAUGUCGAGGUUUUUCCUGGUAACAUCGCAGCGGCACAAUUGAUUUAUAGUUGUUUAGGAGCCUUCUCCAAAGUCGGAGAUACCUUAGAAGCAAACUUAAUGUCUUCCUCAACGUCUGCGGACGGUACAUCACAAACAAUCACAAUACAAAUACCGUCGAAACAUCUUGAAGGUUCACUGCCAACGAGAGAAAACGGGACGAAAAGUAAUUCUACGAUAGAACAAGAAGAUGAGGAAACAAUGCAUUGUUUCUUGAAAAUUCCAAGAGAAGAAGAAGAAAGUAUAGAUACCGGUGGUAUAACUAUUCCAGCAGAACCUGAGGAAUCGGGUGCAACAACAAUUAAUGUUGAUACGUGAAAAUAUACAAAAAUUGAAUUACGAAAAAGAUACUUCUAUACUUUUGAAAAUAUCAGAAAUUUACACGUCGAAAGUAAAUGAAGAAAUGCUAGUCACGCGUUACUUAGAUAAUAGAAAUUGACUUGUUUUCUUUUUGAUAGAGAAAUUUAGACCUAAUCUUUUAAUUUAAAAGAAAAAAUACUGAUUGUGAUACUAUUUUUGAAAUUU